AUGGCCAAGUUCACGCACGGUCCUCUGCUCUCUCCCUCUGACGCCACCAGCGCGUACGACGCCGGCGCCGUUGACUCGGGCACCUGCAUCACGCUCCCGAGCGGCGGGAGCACGCCGUCUCCUGCCACCGUCCCCGCCGUCUCCUGCCUGCCGUCGCUGGUCUGCGUUGGGAUGGCCAAGGCGGGCACCGACGAGCUGCGCGGCUGGCUGAGCCUGCACCCCAACCUCUCCUCCUCCACCGACCGCGAAGUCCAGUACUUCAACCACGGCAUCUUUCGCGCGAUGCCGGGCGGGGUCGUCGGCCCGGUCCACCACCGCUCGCUCCUCGAGGCCGCCUUGCGCACGUCGUGGAGCGAGUACGCCGCCCGCUUCCCCGUGCCGCGCGAGCACAUCGGCCGGGUCCUCACCUUUGAAAAGUCGCCCGGCUACGCGCGGCCACAGCACAACCUGAGCCGCGUCGCGAACGGCAUCGAGCGGCACGUGCCCUUCCUCAUGCGCCGGCUGAUGCCGAGCGUGCGGCUCGUCCUCCUGCUCCGCGAUCCGGUCGCCCUCGUCCGAUCGCGCUUCGUGCACUGCCUCCGCCAGGCCGGCCGCCAGCGCAGGCCGCCGCUGCCGAGCUGCGGCGGCGCCGUCGAGCGCGACUACGAGUCGAUGCUGACCGCGGGGGCCGGCUUGCUGCGGCUCGAGCCGGGCGGUGCGGCGGGCGGCUCGCCGCUGCGGCCAGUCGCGGUGGCGAGGGACGCCGAGGCGCUGUACGCCCUGAGGAUGGCCCCAGGCGACACACGCGCGCGCACCCUGCCCUGA